UCUUAUCCUCCCCCUUCAGCCCGUCCCGGUCUGGCUCCUGGUUCUUCCCCUCUCUUCCUCCUCUGGAAUUCAUAUUCCCUGGAGUCACUCCUCGCUCCUGCAGCUCAUUUCUGUGCUGCGAGGUCAGCAGUCUCAGCCGAGGAAUUCAUGAGGAAGACUGGACUUGGAGUAAGUGGACGUAUCCUCGAUCGGCCGGACCUCCCUCGCCAUCCUUCUCCCCCGUCCAUCUGAGCGCUGCACCUGUUCUGACUCGUCGGCCAGGUGAAGGGGAAUCUCUGCGCUGUUGUUUCAGCUGACCACUGGCUUGGGGGCAAUUAAAGCGUUUCAUUUGGUUGGACCGCUCCUUUGCUGUGUAUCACCGCCUGUCUCCCUUUAACCCACCUCCCCUCCCCUCCCUCCCCUCCUCCCUCUGCAAGUCAGUCUAGCCCAGUCUGAGUCUUCUGCACAAACUCCUCUGCUGGAGUCAAAGUAGGAAGAAGCAGGGGAUAAAGGUGAAGAGGAGGUCCUCACAGAGUUGGUCUGCUCUCUGCGGUGAAGAACUCCAGCAACUAUGAGAGACCAGACUGUGGUUGGCUCUGUGGUUCUUUUGGCCCUCUGCUGCCUGCUGCUCCCCAGGCGAGGAGACAGCGCUGGUGGGAUUGUGUCUGUCCAGCAGACGCGCGAGGAUCAACCGGACUCGCAGCUUGACCUGUCCCUGGAUAGAGAUGAUGGACAAGUGGUGGAUUCAGAAGGACUGAGGAGGAUCACAAGGGACACACCGGAGGUGCCACAGACAGGACGAGUAAGGAGGGCACCGCAAGAUGGCAAAAAGAAGAAGGAUAAGAAGAAGAACAAAGAGCCUAAAGAUCCUGGUGCCACCAAGAAACCCAAGAGUGAGAAGAAAGGGAAGAAGAAAGACAAACAAAAGAUAACCACAACAACACAGCCCCCCACCACAACAGCAUCACCAACUGAGCCGCCCACCCAACCAGAGACCUACACUGACUACUCCUACCCUGACAUUGAGGAUGAUUACUGGAAGUCAGAAGAUGACUACUGGGAGGCCGACCCCACACCAGCCAGGCCUCAGCCUGAGACCCAGACUACAGACCUUCCAUACUCCUACUGGAAUCCUGAUGAGGAAGGCACUGCUGCCACGGUCACAGAUGAAGAUGGAGAUUACUGGAAACCCGAGGAGAAGGAUCCGUACAUCGCUGUCACUGAUGGCUACGAUGACUACUGGAAACCAGAUGAAAAAGAACCAGAACCGACAGCGACCGAUAGCUAUGACGAUUACUGGAAGCCAGAUGAAAAAGAAGCAGAACCGACGCCGACUGACAUCUACGAUGAUUACUGGAAACCAGAUGAGGUUGAUCCAGUUUCAACUGUGACCGACAACUAUGAUGACUACUGGACUCCAGAGGAGAAAGAUCCGUACGCAUCUGUGACCGACAGCUAUUCGAAGGCAGUGGAGCCGACGCCGCCUGCUCCUGAGGUGGACGGCAAUGCUGGGACGGAUGACAGCGAUUACUGGGAUGCCACAUUUGAGGUUCCAGAUAACCUUCCCUUCCCAGAUGGUAAAGAAGUCAGUCCUGAGAUCACGGUCGAGAAUCUACCAGAGGAGGCCACAUCUGUCCCGCCGAGGGAGACGUGGUAUGACGACUACGACGACUAUUCAAGUAGGAAAGUGGACGAGGCUGAAGAGAAGUGGAUGGAGAGAGAAAGGGAGAGAGCAGCCAAGGAGAGAGAGAGAGAAGCCCGAGAGCGAGAAGAGAGACUGAGGGAGGCAGAAGAACGGGCCAAGAAAAGACCAAAAGUAUUUAAGGAGCCAAAGAAGUGUCCUCCGCUGGGGAUGGAGUCGCACAAGAUCGAGUCGGACCAGCUCUCGGCCUCCUCCGUCUUGCAGUACAGUUUCUCCCCUCAGCGGGCUCGUCUCAACACGCAGGGCUCUGAUGAUGAGGACAACGUCAGAGGUGGCGCCUGGUGUGCAAACUCAGAGGACAGAAUCCAUUGGUUCGAGAUAGACGCACGCAGAGAGACGGAGUUCACCGGAGUCAUCACGCAGGGACGAAACUCCAAAAAUGAGAGCGACUAUGUGACCUCCUACUUCCUGGCCUUCAGCAACGACAGCAGAGAGUGGACCACCAUCCAUGAUGGUUACACUGACUGGCUGUUUUUUGGAAACAGUGACGCAGAGACCCCAGUGAUGAAUCAGCUAGCAGCGCCGGUGGUGGCUCGCUACAUCCGCAUCAUUCCGCAGAGCUGGAACGGAACCCUCUGUAUGAGACUGGAGGUCCUGGGCUGCCCCCUGCCUGAUCAGGACUUCGUCCUGCACAGACUCAAUGAGGUGACUCCAGUGGACUACUUAGAGUUCAAACACCACAGCUACUCCGAGAUGAUUUCACGGAUGAAAGCAGUGCAUGAAGAGUGUCCCAGCAUCACCCACCUCUACAGCCUGGGCCGCAGCUCCAGUGGGCGGGAGAUCAUGGCCAUGAUCAUCUCUGGGAACCCGACCGAGCACGAGAUAGGAGAGCCAGAGUUCCGCUACACAGCCGGUCUCCAUGGGAAUGAGGCGGUGGGCCGAGAGAUGCUCCUACUCCUUAUGCAGUACCUAUGUAAAGAAUACAAGGACAGGAACCCUCGAGCUCAGCGGCUUGUGGAGGGAAUCCGCAUUCACUUGGUUCCCUCGCUGAAUCCAGAUGGACAUGAAAGAGCUUUUGAAUUCGGGUCAGAGCUGAGCAGCUGGACCACCGGCCACUUCACAGAAGAUGGCUUUGACAUUUUCCAAAACUUCCCGGAUCUGAAUACCAUCCUGUGGGAUGCAGAAGACAAAGGACUGGUGCCCAAAGUGACCCCCAACCACCAUGUGCCCAUACCAGAGAACAUGGAGGCGAACAGCUCUAUCGCCGUGGAGACCAGGGCCAUCAUCUCCUGGAUGAGAAGCUACCCGUUUGUGUUGGGCGCCAACUUCCAGGGCGGCGAGAGGAUUGUGGCGUAUCCCUUCGACAGCUUCCGUCUCAACAAACCGCCUGAGGACACCAAGCCUCACAGCCGCAAGAAGAGACAGUACGAAGAGGAGGAGCCCUUCGAUGUGACGGCGUGGGGGCGGGGCUAUCAGGAGGAGCCUGAGGAAGACUGGAGGGGCAGAGGUUAUGCUGAGCCAGCGGAGGAGUGGCAGGGCCAGGGUUACGACCGGGGCUAUGACCGGGGCUACGACCGGGGCCAUGACCCAGGGUACGACCAUGGCUACGACCACAGGCAGGACCCGGGUUACGACCACGGUUAUGGCCAAAGAGAGGAAGAGGAGGACACCAGAGGAGGCGGGUAUCAGUACUCGGAACCAGAGGACGAACCCCGGGCCAUCCCCGACGAGUCGCUCUUCAGGUGGCUGGCCAUCUCCUACGCCUCCACUCACCUGGCAAUGAUGCAGAACUUCCACACCUCCUGCCAGGGAGACACGGCCGUGGGAGGACAUGGCAUCGUCAACAGAGCCAAGUGGAGGCCUGUCUCAGGAAGCAUGAACGAUUUCAGCUACCUGCACACCAACUGCCUCGAGUUGUCCAUGUUCCUGGGCUGUGACAAGUUCCCACAUCAGAGUGACCUCUCAUACGAAUGGGAGAAGAAUAGAGAGGCCAUGCUCGUCUUCAUGGAGCAGGUUCAUCGAGGCAUCAGAGGGAUUGUGAAGGAUCAGCUAGGAAACCCGAUAGCCAACGCCACAGUGUCCGUGGAGGGCGUUAACCACGACGUCACAACAGCUCCCUCCGGGGACUACUGGCGUCUGCUGAACCCCGGAGAGUACCGGGUGACGGUGCGAGCGGAGGGCUUCUCACCUGAAACCAAACUCUGCGUGGUGGGCUACCAGUCAGGGGCCACCACCUGCAGCUUCAACUUGGCCAAAUCCAACUGGGAUCGGAUCAAACAGAUCAUGGCUCUCCACGGAAACAAGCCCAUCCGUCUGCUGAGCAACGGCAACAGGAGACCUCAGUAUCCGCUGGUCCUCAACAGCAACAGGCGCGUGGUCUCGCACGGCUCGCAUCUGACCAGCGAGCAGCAGAGGAGGCUCCGGAUCGCCCGCCUCCGUCGCCUCCGACAGCUGAGGCUUUUGAAAUUGAGAUCCAUGACGACCACAACGUUACCACCUACCACCACCACCACGAUAGCCACAACGCCAGUGACCACCCAGUCCUGGUACAACCCGUGGUUCAUAGGGGAGGGGCAGUCCUCCACACCGGGCGGCUUCACAGACUCCAUCCUGGACUAUAACUAUGAGUACAAGAUCGACGACUAUUAACAGACACACGCACAGUCACAUAUCAAACCAGCCCCCACCCCUCCGUGUCUGCCUACCUGUAGUUACAUGAAGGAACCCAAAGGUCCACAACAGGCUCAAUCACUUCAACUGUAUGAUUUGUAUAGUGCAACCGUUUCCAACUAUUAAACAGAAUUACC